AGGAGGAAGCCACCGGCGCGUCGGGACGGGAACGCAGGUGUUCGGAGCGCCCGAGCUGGAGCUCCGAAGCCGCUAGUCAUGUACCGCUCCACCAAGGGCGCCUCCAAGGCGCGCCGCGACCAGAUCAACGCUGAGAUCCGGAACCUCAAGGACCUGCUGCCGCUGGCCGAAGCGGACAAGGUCCGGCUGUCCUACCUGCACAUUAUGAGUCUUGCCUGCAUCUACACUCGCAAGGGCGUCUUCUUCGCUGGAGGCACUCCUCUGGCGGGCCCCACAGGGCUUCUCUCAGCUCAAGAGCUUGAAGACAUAGUGGCGGCACUACCUGGCUUUCUGCUGGUGUUCACAGCUGAGGGGAAGCUGCUAUAUCUGUCUGAGAGUGUGAGCGAGCAUCUGGGCCACUCCAUGGUGGACCUAGUUGCCCAGGGUGACAGUAUCUAUGACAUCAUUGACCCAGCUGACCACCUUACUGUGCGCCAGCAACUUACUCUGCCCUCUGCCCUGGACUCUGAUCGCCUCUUCCGCUGUCGCUUCAACACUUCCAAGUCCCUCAGGCGCCAGAGUGCAGGCAACAAACUGGUGCUUAUUCGAGGCCGAUUCCAUGCUCACCCACCUGGGGCCUACUGGGCAGGAAACCCUGUGUUCACAGCUUUCUGUGCCCCACUGGAGCCAAGACCACGCCCUGGCCCUGGCCCUGGCCUUGGCCCUGCCUCACUCUUCCUGGCCAUGUUUCAGAGCCAUCAUGCUAAGGAUUUGGCCCUACUUGACAUCUCUGAAAGUGUCCUAAUCUACCUGGGCUUUGAGCGCAGUGAACUGCUUUGUAAAUCAUGGUAUGGACUGCUGCACCCUGAGGACUUGAGCCACGCUUCUGCUCAACACUACCGCCUGUUGUCUGAGAGUGGAGAUAUUCAGGCAGAAAUGGUGGUGAGACUGCAGGCCAAGCCUGGAGGCUGGGCAUGGAUUUAUUGCCUGUUAUACUCAGAAGGUCCGGAGGGCCCCAUUACUGCCAAUAAUUACCCAAUCAGUGACACGGAAGCCUGGAGCCUCCGCCAGCAGCUGAACUCUGAAGACACCCAGGCAGCCUAUGUCCUGGGCACCCCAGCCAUGCUGCCCUCAUUCCCUGAGAACAUCCUCUCCCAGGAGCAGUGCUCCAGCUCUAACCUACUCUUCACCCCAGCCCUGGGGGCUCCCAGAAGUACCAAUUUCCCCAGUGCUCCUGAGCUGGGUGCUGUCUCAACAUCAGAAGAGCUUCCUCGACCCCCCAAAGAGCUGGGCUUCAGUUACAUGACAUUCCCAUCUGGCCCCGAGCCUUCUCUUCAAGCAGACCUGAGCAAGGAUCUUGUGUGUACUCCACCCUACACGCCCCACCAGCCGGGAGGCUGUGCCUUCCUCUUCAGCCUCCAUGAACCCUUCCAGAGCCACUUGCCCACUCCAUCCAGCUCUCUCCAAGAACAGAUGACUCCAAGCACUACGACCUUCUCUGAUCAAUUGACGCCCAGCAGUGCAACCUUCCCAGAUCCACUGACUAACCCACUACAAGGCCAGCUGACUGAAACCUCAGCCAGAAGCUAUGAAGAUCAGCUGGAUCCCUGCACUUCCACCUUCCCAGACCAGCUGCUUCCCAGCACUGCCACCUUCUCAGAGCCUCUGGGGAGCCCUGCCCAUGAGCAGCUGACUCCUCCUAGCACAGCAUUCCGAGCACACCUGAACAGCCCCAGCCAAACUUUCCCAGAGCAACUGAGCCCCAGUCACACCAAGACUUACUUCGCCCAGGAGGGAUGCAGUUUUCUCUAUGAGAAGUUGCCCCCAAGUCCUAGCAGCCCGGGUAAUGGGGACUGCACACUCCUGGCCCUAGCCCAGCUCCGGGGCCCCCUCUCUGUGGACGUCCCCCUGGUGCCUGAAGGCCUACUUACACCUGAAGCCUCUCCAGUCAAGCAGAGUUUCUUCCACUACUCUGAGAAGGAGCAGAAUGAGAUAGACCGUCUCAUCCAGCAGAUCAGCCAGUUGGCUCAGGGCAUGGACAGGCCCUUCUCAGCUGAGGCUGGCACGGGCGGGCUGGAGCCGCUUGGGGGGCUGGAGCCCCUGGACUCCAACCUGUCCCUGUCGGGGGCUGGUCCCCCUGUGCUCAGCCUGGACCUGAAACCCUGGAAAUGCCAGGAGCUAGAUUUCCUGGCUGACCCUGAUAACAUAUUCCUGGAAGAGACGCCCGUGGAAGACAUCUUCAUGGAUCUCUCUACUCCAGACCCCAAUGGGGAAUGGAGUUCAGGGGAUCCUGAGGCAGCGGUCCCAGGAGGGGCCCCAUCGCCUUGCAACAACCUGUCCCCAGAAGACCACAGCUUCCUGGAGGACCUGGCCACAUAUGAAACCGCCUUUGAGACAGGUGUCUCAGCAUUCCCCUAUGAUGGGUUUCCUGAUGAGUUGCAUCAACUCCAGAGCCAAGUUCAAGACAGCUUCCAUGAAGAUGGAAGUGGAGGGGAACCAACGUUUUGAAUAAGUCUGUGACUUAACGUCGUCAAGUAUGGCAUAUUGUCAUCAAGACGUGGAGCCGCUCUCCACCCCCCCGGGACU